UUUUAUUGGCGAGGCAAGGGCAGCCCGAAUGCGGGAAGAGAACCUGUUUCUAGAAGACCAGCAGGGGCGAGGUCUCCUCCCAGCUUGUGUUUACCCUGUUCUGUGUAUUCAGCCAGCAGGCUCCGGACAAGGAAGCAUAAGCCGAGGAGCCAGGCUCAGCAGAUAACCUGGUACUGGGCAGCACCGGCAGGAGACGCAGGACCCUGGGCAGCUCCAGGCGACACCAGGAGGCUAAAGAGACUCCCACAAGGAAUUCAACAGGAACAAUGGGUAACCAGCUGAGCGUUCCGCAGAGAGCUGAAGAGGAAGAGCGCGAGUGGGACGCAGGCACCUACAAGGUGACGGUCGACAGUGAGUGUGCUCAGAACGGGACGCCGGUGAUCAUAUCGACCCGCACCAUUCAGCACUAUGACGAAGUCGAUCUGGGGAUAGGCGUCCAGAAGGAUAAUGCGGCCGCCUCUUCCCCGAAGACAAUGGAGAUCAGCACUGCGGCCGACGCCAGCGGAACGAAUCUUGGGAAAGAGGCCAAGCCCGAGGCACCAGCUGCUAAAUCUCGUUUUUUCUUGACACUCUCUCGGCCUGUACCAGGACGUACCGGAGACCAAGGCACGGAUUCAUCCGCUGGAGCAGCGAAGCUUGAUGUCAGCUCCAACUCAGCUCCAGCGAACAAAGACCCGAGUGACAGCCCAGCCCUUGGCCGAGCAGCUGCACCGGGCCCGGCCACGGAUAAAAUCCCCGAGCUGAGCGCGGCCGCGGACCAGGCCCUCCCGGCCACCUGGGUACAGGCGCCUCUCCCACCUGCGUCCGAGGGUGCGGCCCCCUCCAAGCCCAAGGACUCCAGCUUUUUUGAGAAGUUUUUCAAACUGGACAAGGGACGGGAAAAAGCCGCAGCUGAAGACCAGCAGGAAGCCAAGGAGGCCGGGCACCAGGACGAGGCUGAGGAGGUCCUAGGGCCGCCCGGGAAGUCCCAGGGUGUCCCCGCAGCGGAGGAUAUAGGUGACAGCCAGGAGGCAGAAGGACAAGCAAUUGAAGCCUUGCCCUGCUCUGUCCCUGGGGACCCAGAAGAGCUGGAGAUUGCAGAGGAGGGCCCCCCGACAACAGAGACAGCGGAGAGCAACACCUCCAUCAUGAGCUUCUUCAAAACUCUGGUUUCACCUAACAAAGCUGAAACAAAGAAAGAUCCAGAAGACACGAAGGCAUCCAAAGCAGAAAGCAUCUGUGACGGCCAGGUUGGUCAGAAGAUGUCCGAGAGCCAGGGGAAGGGCAGCAAGAAGAAGCACCUGGACAGCCCCAGGCUAGGACUCGCCUUUAGAAAGUUCUUUAGACAUCAGGGUGCUGAGAAGUCACCCAACACUGCAGCCAACCUCAAGUCAGACAAAGCCAACGCUCCCUCCCAGGAGACCCAGAACCCCAAAGGCAGCCCACUGGGUGAGGCGCCAUCCACCGCAGCCUCUGGGACAGCAAAGGAAGGUGGCAAGGAGAAGGCAGGACCCACCUCUCUGCCUCUGGGCAAACUGUUUUGGAAAAAGUCAGUUAAAGAGAAGUCAGUCCCCGCAGGUGCCGAGGAGAAUGUGGUGUGUGAAUCACCAGUAGAAACUGUAAAGUCUGAGGAAGUAGAGUCAACCUUGCACACAGUGGAUCUCAGUGAAGAAACAGACGCCCCACCCGAACCUGCAGAAGUAAAGCGCAAAAGAGAAGAAGGCAAGCCCCGGAGGAUCUCCCUGAUGGCGUUGUUCAGACAAGGGUCAGUGAGAGGGGAUGGAGGCAUCACCCACUCGGAAGAAAUAAAUGGGAAAGACUCCAACAACCAAACAUCAAACUCCACGGAGAAAGCCACCACGCCAAAGGCCGCCACGCCACCUGAACCAGAGCCCACGGCAGCGGCUCAGAAGGGGAGAGAGGGCUCCGCCAAGGACAGGAAGGCGGCCGCAGAGACGAACAAGCAGAAGAGCAACAAACAGGAAGCCAAAGAGCCGGCGCCGUGCGCGCAGCAGGCCGCGGCGGAGAUCAGCACGCCGCAGAGCGGGGGCAAGUCCCCGAGGAGACCCGAGAAGCGGCGGCAGUCUCUCGGGGGCUUCCUCAAGGGCCUGGGACCGAAGCGGAUGUCGGAUGCUCAAGUGCAAACAGACCCCGUAUCCAUCGGGCCACCAGGCAAAUCCAAGUAAACAAAUCAACAGGUCCCACCAUGUUCUGCCAGCCAGAUACGGUCUCCCCACUCCACCUCCUCCCAAACACACGCUCUGUAUAUAUUUUUUUCUUCUCAUGCCCAUCGAAUGAAAUUCUGCCUACAAAUUAAGCCUGAGCUGUUGUAUAUUGGGGUGUAUUAUUUAUGUCUCUGGUGCAAUCUCUCCUGGCAAAUAACCUUAAGGAUGGGUUAGCAAGUUUAACUGGUGGGGUUGGAGGAGUCGAUUGAUUGCCGAGCAGGGCAGGGAGCAGGUGUGGGUUACAUUUGUGCAAAAGGCAGAAACUAGUAAGUUACAGAGGAAAAGUAUUCGCAAGUUAAGCCGUGUAGCAAGUACGUGCUCAUCGUCUGCAUUUGAAGAGAGGAGCAAAAACUGUUUAAAUUUACGCUUCAAGGAGGGAAGCAUGUUGGGCGUUUGCCAGCUUUCUGGAAUGGAAUGUGUGAGGCAAGAAAAAGGGGUGAAUAAGAGUUGGUCUUCAAAUAGGGCCCUUGAAAGUUACUGAUGAGGGAUAAACGAUCGCUGGGGAGGGCUUGAAUUGCUUCUGAGGCUCAGGGACAAGGGCAAAGACUUACAAUUAAAAUAAAAUAAAAUAAUAAAAGAAGUUGCAAGUUUAUUUUGCAACACAAGGGGGCGCCAAGGUCUCCGUUUUUAGGCCGCAUUCUGUAUCGCUAACAAUGAUCUGGUCCCUGCAAUCUUACAUUAUUAAUGUUUCUCAGAUGGCGGAGGGGCUUGCUUCAUCUGUUCUGUCUGACACUUAUAUCAAGUCUGUCUGUAAUUUCCUAAUGCUCUCAGGAUGUGCUCUGAUAAAAACCCUCCUUAUAACCCCAGUUAAUAAAAAUUGACAGAAUAUUAUUCAAAUACCUGAGUUCUUUUUUUUUUUAAUCCUUGUACGGAGGACUAAAUAAGACUAGGAGUCUAUUACAGUUUGAUUCAAAGUCCCAUAUGACUGACAGUCAUGUAUACUGUACCUUUCUCUUUCUGAGUUAAUAAAAAAUAUCCACGUA